CAGAGUUAACCAUUCAGAACACUGAUAGCUUUUCAGCAUGAACGCCCACACUAAACGAAGAGCAACGUUUAAGCUAACUUUCACUACAGAAUUUUAAAGGGUUACUCUUAUUUAAAAAAUAAUUGCUUCAGCCGCUAUAUAAGGCAGCAUGUUAGCCUGUGAUAUCAUGGUUUCUGUGUUCCUCGUAUUUGCAUGUCGCGCUGCCUCCGUGGUUUCUGCGGUGUCUUGUCACACAAAGGAGUAUGCAACAAGGGAUGGGCAGUGCUGCCCGAUGUGCCAAGAAGGUACAGUUGUUCAGAGAGACUGCACAGCAUAUUCAGGAACUCGGUGCCGUUCCUGUGACCUGGGGACUUUCAUGAACCAACUCAAUGGUCUAUCUAACUGUUUCCCCUGCACUACCUGUGAUACAGGUCAUGGUCUCUUUGUCAAGCGGAACUGUACAGCAAAAACUGACACAGUGUGUGACGUUUUAAAUGGAUAUUACUGCAAAGGUUUGAUCGACAGUAAUGGAUGUAGUUUGGCAGAGAAACAUUCACAGUGUGAAGCUGGUCAGAAGAUAAAAGAAUCUGGAACCAGCAGAAGUGACACAGUGUGUGAAGACUGUCAGCCAGGCUUCUUUUCCAAGGACGGUGUGAAGUGCACUGCUUGGAAAACGAACAGCCUCCACAGACAGUGGAUGCUCUGACUGCAGCAGUGGAACAUUAACACCUUGUCACUCACGCACUAAGUAAGUGACACUUCAGAGCAGACAUGGACACGUGAUUUCUUCCAGUGCAACAACUUUUUCAUUUUCCCCCCUCUGUACCUUCCAGAUGUGAGUCACUAAACCACAUGAUAACUCCAGGGCUUAUGCUCAAUGUUGGAAACAAAGGGGAAAAAAUUGUUACCAUCACUGGCUGUGUGGUGGUUUUAGUUAUGAUUGCCAUAGCUGUAGUGAUUUUAAUUAUUGUCAUUUUUAAAAGAUGUAUCUAUGUGAGGAUGUCAAAGAUCACUGAUAUCAUGAUUUAGAUUAUAUUUCCUGUCAAGUAAUAACUUUUUUAGACAAAAAUAAAACUCAAAACAAUAUAGGAAAUGAAAGUAUUUAUAUUUUUUUAUUUUAUUUCUGAGAAGGAAAGAAAAGAAAAUGAAGCACUGAAUGGGUCAAAGGAGCAGACAAGACAACAGUGAAAUGUUCACUGUGGACUCUGAUCUUUUUUAAAAAGCAGCUAAAAACUCAACUUUUUAAACUUGUAUUUGGGUAAAGUUUUGUUUUAAUGUCUUAGAAUUUUGUAAUGAAGCACUUUGCGAUAUUUAGAGACGAUCAGAUUUUUACUGCAGCAUUAUGGAACAAAGAAUAGCAGUUUCUAAUGUUUUUAUCUUUCAUAUACAGAUUUUCCUUGGAACUGGUUGUGGAUGUUUGUGUAGAUGAAAGUUCAUAGUCAACACGUUCUCAGUCCCAAAGCGUAACAUUUUACGUUGCCAUAGUUAUCCUUGUAAUGUAUUUAUGGGGAAUAUUUCAUAAAAAAGGUUGACUGCACAGAGACAAUAAAGAAAACCUUCAACAAA